AUGGCGACCUCCGACAGUGAUAAUUUUGAAAGUGCUGAUGAAGAAAUAGAAUUUCGUGAUAUAUUGCCUCCAAAAUCUUCAACAGAACGGGUAGCUAAUUCAACAAUUAGUUCUGACUCUGAUGAUGAUGCUUGUGUAACGUCAGUUAAACAAAAUUCAUGGAGCUCUAAAAUAAAUAAUAAAAAUUAUGACAAUCUAACAGAUGCUGAUGACACGUCAAAUGUUUACAAUACACUGCACAAUAAAACUGGCCAAGAAUCAAAACAACGAACUGUUACAAUUGAAUCAUCAUCUGUUUCAAAUCCAUCACUACCCAAAUAUUUGACAGAUGAUAAUCAACAAAAGGGAUCAAUUUCUAAUCAACAGCAAAUAGUUACUGAAGAUGUAGAAACAGAUAAUAUUGAUAAUAUUGUUGAAAAAUUAAACAAGACUGAAAUUAAUAAAUGUGAUACCAUCAUCAAAGAUGCAUCAUUAGACAAAGUAAAUAAUGUUUUGUCUCAAGUUUAUACACUAGAUAAUACAGAUAAAAAAGUUAAUAAAAAUUCUGACAAAAGAAAAAAUACAGAGAUCCAAGAAAAAUCAAAAGAAUCUUCCAAAUCUAGAAGCUCUGGAGUUAAGAAAUUAGGAUCCAGAAUAGGAUCUUAUAAUACUAAACGAGUAACUAAAGAAGUUGAUUUUUCUUAUGUAGAAAGUAAAAAAUUUGAAAAGGAAGGAAACAUUUUUUCAAAUCAAGAAUGUUUUGAACUAGAUGAUGAUGGAGCAACAAAAAUCUUGGAACGUGAAAGUUCUAAUCAUUUUCCAGCAAAUUCGUGGCAUAAAUCAACUGGUAAAUCUUCUUCGAUGGAUGAAUUAGUUGAAGUACCGCCAGAAUUAAAAUCUAAUAAAAAAUUUAAAGAAGUGUUUGGGGCUGGUGAUUGGGAGGAUCUCAGCGAUUCAGAUAAAAUAAUAAAUGAGUUUGAUACUGAAAAUUUAAAACCUGUUCUUGAUAAAUUAACAACAACGAGCGAAGAGAAGACCAACGUAGCUAGUGGAGGCUGGGGAAGUUGGGGUAGUUGGGGUGUUACGACUUUGCUGAAUACCGCUUCUGUAGGAGUUUCAAAUCUAACCAGUCAGGUGUCAUACGGUCUUUCUGUUCUUGAAGAAAGUAUUAAUGCUCCAAGUACAACGGACCAUAAACAAAAACAAACAUUAAAUGAAAAAUCUGUUGAAAAUACAGAAGAUUCAACGGAGCAAAUGUCAUUGAACUUCAGUAAUUUAAUAUAUGGAGUCUCUUCAAUAACAAAAUUAGUUGAGAAUACAGGUACUAAAGUUAUAAAUACUGGUUUAGGUACUCUAGAAACAAUUGGAAAAAAAACUAUGGAAGUGCUUCAAGAAGGUGAUCCUGGUUUAAAAAAGAAAAGAGCAUUUUUCAUGAAUGAAAAUAAUAAACCUAUCUUGUCACAUAUUUUAAAAGAAGCUAAAGAAAAAGCUCUAAGCGAACAGAAAACUUUUGAAGAAAAAGAACAAGCCAAAAAGGUUCAUUUUGAAAGCUUGUUUGAUGAUUUUCAAGGUCUUAUUCAUUUAGAAGCGCUGGAGAUGCUGUCUAAACAAAGUGAUAUGAACAUUCAACAACGAUUAAUUGCUCUAAAUGCAGAAGAAGCUAUUUCUAUUCAAGAAACCUUAGAUGAAGUUAAAGAGCUUUGUGAUUUGGGAGACGAGAAUGAUCAUGAAGAAAAUGAUAACGACAAUUUGGAGGAAAAAUUAAAAGCUCUCUGUGCAGACCUUAAUAUUACUCUUUCAUUUGAUGAAUUAUUUAAGAUUCGGAAAGAGACACAAAAUUACAUAACAAAUAUAUCACAGCCAGAAUCGACAGUGUCUGAUCGAGAAAUUUUUCAAAAUGCCAUUUCAAAUUUGGCACAAUUUACCGCCUACUGCAUGGAAAGAUUUCAUAAAACUGCUGAACUUAUUCUUAUAAAAGAUCGGCGCAGUACAGUUAAUGAAGCUGAUGCACUUGUACAGUUAACAGUACUUUUAUCUCAGCAAAUCGGAGUAAUUUCAAAUCUAUUUUGCAAGUGUCUUAAUGAACGGGCUCAAAAAUCGGAGAAAUCAAAUGAUUCUGUUGACAUUACAACUAUUUUUCUAGAAGCUACUAAUGCUACUUCAUAUAUAAAAGAGGCAUUUCAACUUUUCAUUCCCAUUCUCCAAGUUGGCGCUAUUUGA